CUAGUUUACAUCAGGCGUGAGUAUACUCAUCUCCACGAAGACUGAUACAGGAGGAAAAGUUGCUGUUUGACAUUAAAGUGAAGAGUCAAGAGAGAGAGAAAGAGAGAAGACGGUGUGGAAAAGAGAGUUAAGAGAGAAGUGCUUUUUUGAUAGCGUUCUCUUCCUCCUCCUCUUCCUCCUCCUCUUUCUCUUCCACCAUUUCAUCUUCCACCAUAAUCUUCAUCUCCGUUCGUACAUGUUCAUAAGAGAGAGCACACGUCAGGACCCACCCCCCUGGCAUCAUGAGGCAGCGGGUGUGGGCGUGGGUGGUGAUGACGGUCGUGGGACAGCAAGCCUCAGCGUUCAACUUCCUUCCUGAGCACCCCGAAGUGUUCCGCGGCGCACCUGGUUCUAAAUUCGGAUACAGCGUUGCCUUGUGGAAUGAUAGCACGGGCAUGAAAAGAGUGGCGGUUGGGGCCCCGCAGGAAAACCAGACGACGUGGUGGGGAGAGAAUUUGCCACUGGGGAACGUCCACUACUGUGAGCCAAACUACGGCGGUGGCGGCGGUGCUGAUGGAAGGUGCCUCUCCCACCGCGGCCUGCCUCUACCAGAGGCUAACCAGGAUGUCAAAGAGAUAUACGAUCACAUCUUGCGGAGCCAGGGAGUGGGCAUGGGGCAGACGGUGAUGGCGGAGAGAGGAGGAAACAGGGCUGUUGUGUGUGCCCCCCUCUACCCCUACUCCAACUCCCACAGAAUUGCGAAAAAUGAUGGCCUCUGCUUCCUCCUGACAAACAUGACGGCUGAUUCCGAGGCUAUGGGCUUCCCUAACCACCAUGCAUUUAAUAACUCUCUGAUGGGGUUCAGCGCUGCCUUUGCCCAGGGCAACGAGGGGACCGUCCUCGUCUUAGGAGGCCCAAACGCCUUACAAGGAAACGGCCUCUUCUAUAACCAACCGGUGGGCUAUAAAGGUGGGCUUUCCGUAUCCACACUGCAAAUGACCAAGACCUUGAGUGAUGCCAACGAAGCGUGGGCGAUCGCCGUGGGCAAGUUCAGUGGGAGUCAGGGUGGCGUUACGCUGGCCGCCUCCUCCCCUAAGUUUGACAUUUAUACAGGAAAGGUCAGCUUCUACCCUCUUGACAUCAAAACAGAGGGAAAGCCUUUGUACACCAUCAUCGAAAAGGACAUGGAAAUAGGGGCCAUGUUCGGAUACGCCAUGAUUAGCACAGACGUGGAUGGAGAUGGAACAACAGACCUCUUGGUGGGCGCUCCCUUUUCCACUGACCCCACCUCAAAAUAUCCGGAUGCCGGGAAGGUGUUCGUCUAUUACGCGCCCUUAACUAAGGACCCAUUGAGGAACAGGACCAAGGUCAUCACUGUCAAGGAGGCGUGGGCAAGGUUCGGGACAUCCCUGGCCGCGCUGGGAGACGUUGACCUCGAUGGCUAUGAAGACGUAGCGGUGGGGGCGCCCUACGGUGGAGAGGACGGGGCGGGGGUUGUCUACAUCUAUAACGGCGGGGAAAAUGGCCUACACAUUAACAAACCUAAGGUGAUCGCUGCGUCCAAGUACCUGGUUGGGAGCCGCGGCUUCGGCUUCAGCCUCGCCGGGGGCCUGGACAUGGAUGGGAAUGGCUACACGGACUUGGCGGUUGGCAGCCUGCACUCCGACACCGCGGUGCUCCUCAGGUCCUCCCCAGUCGUCAAGCUGAAGGGCCAAAUUUACUUCAACCCUUCGCCAAUCGUGGUAGAAGAUUCAAAGAAAUGUAUCGUAGAUUUCGCUGGUUAUCGGAAGAUGAGAGCAAUUUGUUUUGACCUCAUUGCCAACUUCACAUACACAUCCGACGCCACGUUCAACAAUUUAAAAUUUAACUUCAUAUUCAACCUCAGCAACAAGAACGGAACACCCUCCUACGGGUUCAGCCACCAUAACGGAAAAACGACAACCCAAAAAUCUUUCUUGAGGACCAAUGAAUACUCCAAUACUCUGGCUGUCCAAGUAUUUAUUCAGAGAUCAAGAGCAAACAUCAACCUCUUACUCGACGCUUCAGUUAUGGUAAGUAUUGAGUCUUACUCAUCAGGACCUCUACUCACCUCCACCUCCGCCUCUGCGCCCACGCCGAUGACCCCAGUGCUGGACGUCUUCACCCCCUCCACCUACUUUGCCUCAACCAUCCUCACAUGCAAAAACAAGUCCACCUGCUUCACCAAGCCGGACCUUGCGAUCUUUGGGUCUGGGCCUCCAGUAAUCCUCGGGGACUCGAAUAUGAGAGUUCAGUUAGACGUUACUCUUGAGGUGAGGACUGACCCGGCCUACGGCAUCGAGGUGUCAGUGAAACUCCCAGACAAGCUCACAUUUCACACAGUGACAGGGGACAGCUUGGUGCCUGAGUGUCGCAAGGAAAUCGAUAAAACCAAUGUCAUCUGUAAAUUUAUAGAGCUGGACGCCGAUGAAAAGGUCGAGUUUGCAUUGACUUUCACAUACGAACCAUCGGAGCUGUUUGAUGUGCCCGACCUCCAGUUUAGGAUGUCUGUGAAAAAUGACGUCAACUCAGACACGGACAAGACAAAUAACAGAGCGAGUGUUAAAGUGCAAGUGAAGAAGGAAGCGGCGCUGUAUCCACGAGGGUUUUCGUAUCCAGAGGGCACAACCGUGACGGUCAAUCAGACGGCGACAGAGAAGGAGCUGAAACAGGCACUGGAAGACCCUACGACGACUUUUCCUGUUGACUACCUUGGGCCUCAUAUAGAGCACAGCUUUUCUCUGAACAAUCGCGGCCCAAGUGAUGUGGAAGGGGCUAAGCUGGUGUUCCACAUUCCUCUCUUCUGGGGUGAGGAGAGACUCACUUAUUUCAUGGAGCAGCCCAAGUCCUCGCAUCAAGUGACCUGCAGUUCUGUGCCAAUUAACCCGCUGCGUCUCGAGCCCCCACGGUCACCUGUCUUCGGCUAUGACGCAGACUCCACCACCAACACCACCACCACCACCGCCUCCUCUGUCACCUUCAAAAAGACUACAGAAGCGGAUGUUGCCCACCGGCUCCAAAAACGAGAUCUUCAGGACCCAGCUCUGUCCCUCACCACCGACUCGUCCUACUUCACCUCCUCCUCUUCCUCGGACCCCUCCACCUCCACUUUCCCCUCCAGCUUCCAGUGGACUACCGACCCUGCGGAUUACUUCUCCACCACCAGUGAUCCCAUGUCCAGUAAUGCGAUCGACAGCAGGAGCGCGCUGGAAUGCAUGAGCGUGGAAUGCCGUGUUGUGUGUAAUGUUGCCAUGAUAAAAGCAGACGAAUCAGUGAACGUCACCUUCUCGAGUUACCUGGUCACGGCCACAGUCAGCAAGCUGGGCUUCCGCAAGGUGCUGCUGAGGACCUGGGUCACGGCUGAGGUGAACCAGUCCGGCAGUACCAUCAUCAACCCCACGCUGCCAGCCACCACCGAAGUGUUCCUGCUCAGGCCACCGGAGCAAGGUUUCUCCGCCCUGCCUUUGUGGGUCCUCAUCUUGGCCAUCGUGAUCUCCAUCCUCCUGAUCCUCAUCAUCAUCCUCAUCCUCCACAAGGCUGGCUUUUUCAAGAGGAACCGGCCGCCCAUCCCACCAAACAGGGAGAGUCGCCUUCAGCCAAACGACACAAACGAACGCAUGGAAGAUUGCUCAUAGGCCUUCCUUUCUUUUCUCAUAUUCUCUUUUACUUUUUUUUAUCUCCCAAUUUUAUCCCUUUAAUUUCCUUAUUUCCUUCGUUUUCCCUUUCUUUUAUGUUCUUUAUUUAUUUUCUUUAUUUAUCUUCAUUAUGUCCAUCUUUUUAUCGUUCAUUUUCUUACACUAUGGAUCACUCCUUUCAUUUUCUAUCUGUUCUGUUUAGGCCUAUUUCCUUUCUCUUUUUUCUUCUUUUCUUCCUUCUUUUCCGUUUUCCUGUUUUUCUUUUCUACUUUUUUCUAUCAUUUCUUCCUAUUACAUUUUUUCCCUUUCUUCCUUCCUUCGAUUUCUUCCUUUUUUUCUCUUUCUACACCUCAUUUUUUCCUUUCUUCUAUUUCCUGUUCUACUUUUUUCUCGCUUUAUUUCUUUGCAUUUCCUUUCCCUUUCGUCCUGCUUUCCAUUCCCUCACCUUUUCGUUUUCUUCUCAUCCAUAAACUUUCAAUCUUAUUUCCUUCCUAUAAGGUUUUUUUUUUCCUCCUUUCGCCAUGUGUUGUCUUUCUAAAACUUUCUUUUGUCUUACCAAGUUUUUUUUAUUUUCUUCCUCUCGAAUUUACUUAUUCUUUCCUCACUCAUAUUUAUUUGUUGUUUCUUUCUGUGUGGACAUUUUCCCUAUUUCCUUACAAGUUUCAUUCUUUGUCAGUGAUUUUUUUUCCAUUCAAUUUCAUAUAU